AUGCUGCGGAGAUCGUGGGCAUGGCGCAAAAUGCCUGUUGAGGUGACACGCAACACCUCCAAAUUGCCUCACUUUGAUGUAUGUGUCAUUGGUGGCGGCCCUGCCGGUGUCGCUGCCGCCCUGCGAGCCGUGGACUACAGAAAGCGGGUGUGUCUUGUUGAGGCCAGCCGUGUCGGAGGCGUGGAUCUUUGGGACGGCACACUGCAGUCCAAGACACUGUGGGAGAUGGCCAAGUACGCCUCACGUCUCUCUGGGCCGGCAGCACAACGUCUGUUUGAGGAGGACGCUGUCGCAGGAGUGAAAAACAAAAUCAGCGACGCGCGGGUGCUCCAGGCGUUGCAGGAUGUCAGUGGGGUUAGGGAACAGCAGUUGCUGGACGCGUUACGCACCGCAGGGGUGGAAAUUGUGUUUGGAAAAGGGAUGUUCUCCUCACCAAAUGAGUUGGAUGUGCACAGCACUGGAAGCGGUGUGUAUAAUGUGGUCCGCGCCGAUUAUUUUAUUAUCGCCACCGGCGGAGUGCCGCGUACACAAUUUCACAUGGAGGCGGAUGGUCGACGUAUUGUAACGACGGAAACCAUUAUGCGACUGCCGAUUCCGUCAAGUCUUGUUAUCAUCGGUGCUGGGGCGAUUGGUUGUGAGUUUGCCAGCAUCUACGCCAACUUGGGCCGUACCAAAGUUUCUCUUGUGGACAGAACCCCACGCAUCCUGCAGGUGGAAGACGAAGACAUCUCACAGUUUGUGCAGGAUCAACUUGUACGGCUUGGCGUGACGAUUCACAGCAACUGCACUCUUUUUGACUUGGAGUCAUGGGGCGAUAACGAGGAGGAGGGUGGCUGCAUUUACAGUGUACGGAAGAAUGACAUCGAUGUUGUCAGCCCCGUUGAGACCUACGAGGCAGAGCGUGCGCUAAUUUCCGUAGGUCGCGUGCCAAAUGUAUCAGGGCUUGGGUUGGAGAACACAUCAUGUAAAGUAACUGAUGGGCGGCUUGUCGUGGAUGCUUUUAACCGUUGCUUGCCACACAAACAUAUCUACGCCAUUGGUGACGUGUGUGCUCGUCGAGCACUUGUGAAUUUGGGGGAAGCGCAGGGCCGCGGCGCCAUUGAUCAUAUCUACAGUGAGAAACCCGAGAAGUCAAUUAACGCUGAGGCACUGACAAACCUGUCAACCAUUUUAUUUUUAGACGAGGAGUUGGCGUGUGUGGGACUCAAUGAGCAGCAGUGCCGCGCUCGUAGUUUGGGCUACAUUGUGGCACGCUACGGGUACGGUCACCUGAGCCGCGCUCUUGCCAUGGGCAACACAACAGGUUUCUGCAAGGUCAUUGUUACAAGUGAUAGUGAGAAGCGACUGCUUGGUGUUCGUGCCUUUGGUGUGCAUGCGGGCAGCAUCAUUGAAGUAGCAUCGCUUUCCAUCCGACGUUUAGAAUCGGCGUACGAGUUGCUGAAAUUAACCCCGUCAUAUCCGUCAGCGGUGCAAGGGUUAGUUGAGUGCAUUCGUAUGAUACUUGGCCGCUCCGCAUUGAAGCCCAACACCACCCCAGACGCGACACUUAAAGUCUGGCACCCACCGCACUUCCGCCGUGGGCGUGAGUACAUUGAUGAGACCGGCUACGAGGAGUCAGUAAUGAAUUCCGAUGAUGUGAAGAUUGCAAGGACGUAG